AUGUCUUUGUCCUCUAACUACUACUGUAACUUGCUCAAAAUCUGCUGCCAAGCAGGAAACCAUGCACAAGCAAAGAAGCUUCACUGUCACAUUAUCAAAACCCUUACAAGUCCUGAAACCUUUCUUCUCAAUAAUAUCAUCACGACGUACGGGAGAUUAGGCAACUUAAGGUAUGCUCGUCAUGUGUUCGAUCAAAUGCCUCACCCAACCCUUUUCUCAUGGAACGCAAUUCUCUCCGUCUAUUCUAAAUCGGGUUAUCUUUCUGAUAUGCAAGAGAUCUUCGAUCGCAUGCCGAGGCGAGAUGGGGUGUCUUGGAAUUCAUUUAUUUCGGGGCAUGCGUCCUGUGGUUUGCUUGCUGAGGCUGUCAAAUUUUAUAGCUUGAUGUUAACGGACGGAACCGCCAAUUUGAACCGGAUAACGUUUUCCACGAUGUUUGUCCUUUGUUCGAGCCAGCGGUGCGUGAACUUGGGUCGACAGCUUCAUGGGCAUAUAGUGAAAUUUGGGUUCGAGUCGUAUGUGUUUGUUGGUAGUCCUUUGGUUGACAUGUACUCAAAAGCAGGGUUGAUUCUUGACGCAAAACGUGUUUUCAAUUCUAUGCCGGAGAGGAAUGUGGUUAUGUAUAAUACAUUGAUCACCGGGCUUUUACGGUGUGGAUUGAUUGAAGAUUCUGAAUGUUUGUUCAGUAAAAUGCCUGAAAAAGAUUCGAUUUCAUGGACCACAAUGAUUACAGGACUUACCCAAAAUGGUUCAGGCAGCAAAGCUCUUGAUAAGUUUAGAGAAAUGAUAUUAGAAGGCUUAAGUAUGGAUCAAUAUACAUUUGGUAGUGUAUUGACCGCAUGCGGUGGCCUAUUUGCCUUGGAAGAGGGCAAGCAAGUUCAUGCCUAUAUCAUUAGGACUGAGCUUAUAGAUAACAUCUUCGUUGGUAGUGCUCUUGUUGACAUGUAUUGCAAAUGUAGAAGCAUAAAAGCUGCAGAAGGAGUUUUCAAGAGAAUGAGCUGCAAGAAUGUGGUAUCGUGGACUGCAAUGCUUGUGGGUUAUGGCCAGAAUGGGUACAGUGAAGAAGCUGUUAGAGUUUUUUGUGACAUGCAGAGAAAAGGGGUUGAACCAGAUGAUUUUACCCUGGGAAGUGUAAUUAGCUCAUGUGCAAACCUAGCAAGCUUAGAAGAAGGUGCCCAGUUCCAUGGUCAAGCUCUAGCUUCAGGCUUGAUUUCUUUCAUUACAGUUUCAAAUGCACUUGUCACCUUAUAUGGUAAAUGUGGAAGCAUCGAAGACUCCCAUCGGCUGUUCAAUGAGAUGAACAUCAGGGAUGAGGAUGCUGGCCCAUGGUUGAAACCCGAUGGAGUUACUUUCAUAGGGGUUCUUUCAGCUUGCAGCAGAGCAGGACUCGUGGAUAAAGGACAUCAGUAUUUUGAAUCCAUGGUAAAAGAACAUGGAAUUACACCAAUUAUGGAUCACUACACUUGCAUCAUUGACCUUCUCAGCCGAGCUGGAAGGUUAGAAGAAACAAAAAGAUUCAUAAAUGAGAUGCCUUUCCAUCCCGAUGCAAUUGGUUGGGCCACUUUGCUGAGCUCAUGUAGACUUCAUCGUAAUAUCGAAAUUGGUAAAUGGGCAGCUGAAUCUCUUCUAGAGUUAGAGCCCCAGAAUCCUGCUAGCUAUAUCUUGCUCUCAAGCAUCUAUGCUGCUAAAGGGAAAUGGAAUGAGGUGGCCAAUUUAAGGAGAGGAAUGAGGGAUAAGGGGAUAUAUGCCAAGCUGGAGAAACUAAAUUGCAAAAUGAUAGAAGAGGGGUAUGAGCCAGAUAUGAGUUCUGUUCUUCAUGAUGUUGAGGAAUCAGAAAAGAAGAAGAUGCUUAAUUACCACAGCGAGAAGCUGGCAAUUGCGUUUGGAUUGAUAUUUCUUCCUGCUGGUGUUCCUAUACGAGUAGUUAAAAACCUUAGAGUAUGUGGGGAUUGCCACAAUGCCACUAAAUACAUUUCUAAGAUCACCAAGAGAGAGAUACUUGUAAGAGAUGCUGUCCGGUACCAUUAUUUAAAGACGGAACUUGUUCAUGUGGAGAUUUCUGGUGAUGAGAUUGUCAGUGUCAAAAGCUGUUGGAGAGGAUUGUAA